UCCCAAUUCAAUCCUCAAUUUCCUUAAUCAUUUAUGAACCCUUAAAACCGGCCAUCUUUUCCCACCCCAAAUUCCCUUUUAAUUCAUUAUCUUUCUCAGUACCAUGGCUGCUACUGCUCUUAGAUCGAAACCUUCCGUUGAAACAGCCUCUUUAACGGUCUCUCGGUUCAGACACUUCAUAUCUAAUUAUAUGCACUAUGGUCGCAUUGUUAGCUCCUCUUACUGUUGCGCCAACCGUGCCAAAUGGGACCGAUACUUUGUCAACACUCCUUAUCACUUCACUUCUUUCAAGCCCGUCUCGCUUCGCGCCCAACUCCUCGACAAGGGUUCCAAUUUAUUGGAAAUUACUAGGAAUUCCCACGUUUUAAAUAAGGGUUUCGAUAGACAAGUGAAAGAGAAAUCGGGUUAUGAUAAUUCUACGGUCUUGAACUCUAAUGGAGACCCACCGGAGGUUUGGCAGCCACCUGGAGAUGGGGUUGCUAUUCGGGUUAGUGGCGUGAGUUUGGGCCGUGGUGGUGGAGGAGCGGUUCCGGGUUCUGGAGGUGGGUUUCGACCGGGUUCAAAGGAUGGUUGUUUUGGGGGAGCGAAUUUGGGACAUGAUUUUCCGACUCCCAAGGAGAUUUGUAAAGGCUUGGAUCAGUUUGUGAUUGGCCAGGAGAGGGCAAAAAAGGUUCUAUCAGUGGCAGUUUACAACCACUAUAUGAGAAUCUGCCAUGAGUCAUUACAGAAAAGGCCCACAGGAGAUUCAGGUAGCACAAUAGCAGAUGUGCUAGAUGAUGAUACAGUGGAACUGGAGAAAAGUAACAUUCUUUUGAUGGGUCCAACAGGGUCAGGGAAAACAUUACUUGCCAAAACCUUGGCCCGUUUCGUGAAUGUUCCUUUUGUUAUUGCGGAUGCAACUACCUUGACUCAGGCAGGGUAUGUAGGUGAAGAUGUUGAAUCUAUAUUAUACAAGCUGCUUGUGGUUGCUGACUAUAAUGUUGCAGCUGCACAGCAGGGCAUUGUUUACAUAGAUGAAGUUGAUAAGAUCACUAAAAAGGCUGAGAGCCUUAAUAUUAGCAGGGAUGUGUCUGGGGAGGGUGUUCAGCAGGCAUUGCUAAAGAUGCUAGAAGGAACAAUUGUUAAUGUUCCUGAAAAGGGUGCUAGAAAGCAUCCUAGAGGUGAAAAUAUUCAGAUUGACACAAAGGAUAUACUCUUUAUAUGCGGGGGUGCCUUUAUCGACAUAGAGAAAACAAUCUCAGAAAGACGUCAAGAUUCUUCCAUUGGUUUUGGAGCCCCGGUGCGUGCAAACAUGAGAGCUGGUGGUGUUACAAAUGCUGUUGUGACGUCAUCUUUAAUGGAAACUGUUGAAAGUAGUGAUCUCAUUUCAUAUGGUUUGAUACCAGAAUUUGUUGGACGGUUCCCGGUUAUUGUCAGUUUGUUGGCUCUAACUGAAGAACAACUUGUUCAGGUCCUAACAGAGCCAAAGAAUGCCCUAGGCAAGCAAUACAAAAAGAUGUUCCAACUGAAUGGACAAUUGGUUUCAUUUUGUUCUUCAUUACCUCAGGUCAGACUGCAUAUUACAGAAAAUGCUUUGAAAUCAAUUGCCAGAAAAGCUAUAACUAAAAAUACAGGAGCUCGGGGCUUAAGAUCUAUCUUGGAGAAUAUCUUAAUGGAUUCCAUGUAUGAGAUACCGGAUGUUAGAAGUGGUGAUGAUAUAAUAGACGCAGUAGUAGUUGAUGAGGAGGCCAUUGGAAGUGGAGCGAAGAUUCUUUACGGAAAAGGUGCAUUUGAUUGUUACCUUUCGCAACAAAAAGCGAACGAGUUGAAGACAAGUGACAAGGAGCAGGCUGAGGGCGAGGUAGAAACGGAGCUUCUUCCUUCAGUUGUUGCCGGCAUGUGAUGUGAUUAUGAUGAUGAAGAAUAUGUAGAUGUAACUUAAUUGUACAAUGUACAUAAUAAGCUGACACUAAUUUUAGAGAUGAUUCAUUUUACAUGGAUACAUACCUGCAUACAAUUAUUACCAGUCAUAUUAUAAAGAAUGUGCAGUUUUAAUUCAAC